GCCUCAAAAACAGCAUCAAUGUAUUGUGGGGAAGCAAAGUCUCAUUGAACACAAGAACAAUACAAAGAACACAAAAGUCACAAAAGCUGAUAAGGCAAACCGUUUUGAAGAAAGAAAAUUUAAUGAGGCUCCCUCCAUGUCAUUGACCUGCUUUCCUCCAAACGCAAGCCAAAACCGACUCACUAUUUCCUAUUUUCUUGUCACAUCCAUCGUGUCCAUUUUCUGUUGCUUCCACGUUUUCUAAUGGCCUCUUACUCACACUUCCUUCUUGUUAGACAUCAACAACACCAACCCUUUUCUCCAACUUUCAAACGCAUCCAAACUCACCUCUGCUUAGGCCCCUUCUCUGUCCUUUUGCUCACAAAUUCUACAAGAUUUCUCUAAAGCUGUUGUUGCACCAUGAGCCUUUACGUGUAUGUAAUGGAAGCUCAAGACUUGCGUGUGAAGGAGUCUUAUGUGAAGCUUCAGGUUCGGAGGCACAAGUCCAAGACCAGGAUUUUGAGAAAUACCACCAACCCAGUUUGGAAUGAAGAGUUUGUUUUCAAGGUUCAUGACAUGAAUGAGGAGGAGCUUCUUGUGUCUGUGUUUCACCAUGACGACGAGUCUGGCUUGUUCAAUGGCGAUGACUUAGUGGGUCGGGUUCGGAUUCCGGUCUGCUCUGUUGCUGCUGAGACUAAUUGCACCCUGCCGCCAGCUUGGUAUUCUCUUGAAAGUCCCAAGACUGGGAAAUUUAUCAAUAAAGAUUGUGGGAGAAUUCUUCUUACUCUUUCUCUGCAUGAAAAAGGCCAUGAUCACCUCCUUUGCGCACAGUCAAAUAUAAGCAUUGAGGAACCUAAAGAGUUGGACAGUCCAUUUAUGUCAUCUCAUGGUGUAUUUGGUUCCAAAUCUCCACGUGCGAAGAUACCAGGAGGGAAACAGUUAAUGAAGGCUAUUAUAAGACGUGUGGACAAGCUUUUGCAUAAAAACGAUGAAGCUUUAAAAACAGAUGAUUCUUCAGAGUUUUCUAGUUCAGUAUCUGACUAUGAAGAUUGUGUGGAGGAACAUCAUACUAUUUGUAGCUUUGAAGAGUCUCUUGAGCUGAUGCAGUCGAGAGUAAGCGAACAACAAAUGCCAGAGAAUCUGCAGGGGGGAAUUCUUAUUGAUCAGGCAUACUUUGUCUCACAACAUGAUCUUAAUGCAUCUCUUUUCACCCCAAAUUCACAGUUCAGGAGAGAUCUGGCAGAACUUCAGAGGACAACAGAUGUACAUGAGGGGCCUUGGACAUGGACAUCCGGAGAGAUCCCAUGUUUGACACGAUUUGUUACCUACACAAAAGCUGCCUCAAAGUUAGUUAAGGCUGUCAAAGCCACAGAGGAGCAAACGUACAUGACAGCCGAUGGAAAGGAAUUUGCUGUAUUGGCCACUGUGAGUACACCUGAUGUUCCAUAUGGAAAUUCAUUCAAGGUUGAGUUGCUUUACAAGAUAAUGCCUAGACCAGAGCUACCUUCAGGAGAAGAAUCCUCCCGUCUUGUGGUAUCCUGGGGCGUUAACUUUCUCCAGAACACAUUCAUGAGAGGCAUGAUUGAAGGAGGAGUUAAGCAGGGACUUAAGGAGAGUUUUGAUCAGUUUUCCAGCUUGCUGGCUCAGAAUUUUAAAACGCUGGAUUCCACAGACAUGUCUGACAAGGAUCAUAUCUUGGCAAGUACGCAGGCAGGACAUCAAUCAGAUUGGGAGUUGGCGAGAAAAUACUUCUGGAAUCUCACUCUAGUUACCACUACUUUUAUGGUUCUGUAUGUCCUGGUUCAUAUUCUACUUUGUGAGCCCAGUAAACUCCAAGGAUUGGAAUUUAAUGGACUUGAUUUGCCAGACAGUGUUGGAGAGCUCAUCACAUGUGGAAUUCUAGUCCUUCAAUUGGAGCGCAUCUAUAACAUGGUUUUACACUUUGUACAAGCUAGGUUGCAGAAAGGAGGUGAUAAUGGAGUCAAAGCCCAAGGAGAUGGAUGGGUUCUUACUGUUGCUUUGAUUGAAGGGAACUACUUAGCAUCCUUGGAUUCAUCUGGGUUCUCUGAUCCUUAUGUGGUUUUCACCUGCAAUGGUAAAACAAGAACAAGCUCUGUCAAGCUUCAAACUAGUGAUCCUCAAUGGAAUGAGAUUCUCGAGUUUGAUGCUAUGGAAGAACCUCCAUCAGUUUUGGACAUUGAAGUUUUUGAUUUUGAUGGUCCUUUUGACCAAGCUAUGUCACUUGGGCAUGCUGAGAUCAAUUUUCUUAAACACUCAGCUACGGAACUCGCAGACAUGUGGGUCUCCCUUGAGGGAAAGCUUGCUCAGUCUUCUCAGUCAAAGUUGCACUUAAGAAUCUUUUUGGACAAUAACAAAGGAGUUGAAACAAUCAGGGAGUAUAUGACCAAAAUGGAGAAGGAAGUUGGAAAGAAGUUGAAUCUACGAUCGCCUCAUAGAAAUUCAACAUUUCAGAAAUUGUUUGGGUUGCCGCCAGAAGAAUUUCUUAUCAGUGAUUUUACAUGCUCCCUGAAGAGGAAAAUGCCUUUACAGGGCCGACUCUAUCUUUCUGCGAGGAUAGUUGGGUUUUACGCAAACUUGUUCGGACACAAAACAAAAUUUUUCUUUCUUUGGGAGGAUAUUGAAGAUAUCCAAGAGCUUCCCCCAUCCUUAUCAUCUGUAGGUAGCCCUUUGCUGGUCAUUGUUCUGAAAAAGGAGCGAGGUCUUGAUGCAAGGCAUGGUGCGAAGUGUCAAGAUGAAGAAGGCAGGCUUAGAUUUCAUUUUCAAUCAUUUGUGUCAUUCAAUUCAGUCAUCAGGACAAUAAUGGGUUUGUGGAGAACAAGAACUCUGAGUCCUGAUCAGAAAGCACAAAUUUGUGAAGAACAUAAUGAUCAAGAUGACAGGUCCACAAUGCUUGAAGACACUGAAUCCGUACUUAAUCUCGAGGAUGCAAAGAUGUCCAAAGUGUAUACUGCAGAACUACCUAUUAACACAAAAUCUCUGAUGGAAAUGUUCGAAGGAGGAACUUUGGAGCACAAAAUAAUGGAGAAAUCUGGUUGUCUUAACUAUGCAACUAUUGCAUGGGAACCUACAAAAAAGCUGGAUGUGUUUGAGCGUCAUCUGUCAUACAGAUUCAACCGCCAAGUUUCGAUCUUUGGAGGAGAGGUCACAUGCAGACAACAAAAAACUCCCAUUGAAGAUGGUGAAGGAUGGGUUGUGGACGAAGUUAUGGCCCUGCACGGUGUUCCAUUUGAGGAUCACUUUCGUGUUCAGUUUAGGUACCAGAUUGAGAAUUCUACCCUGGCUCAUAAUGCAUGUAAAUGCAAUGUUCAUGUCAGGGUCACCUGGCUUAAAAGCACAAAAUUUCAGGACAGGAUCACACACAACAUUAUAGAGAAGUUUGCCCAUCGACUGAAGGAAAUAUUCGAAUUUGUAGAGAGGGAGAGUCUUGGCACCAAGACAAGAGGACACUUCCCUUUGACACAUACUUAAUCAUUCACAUUCAGAUAAAUCAUAAAUUCUUUUUGUGCUCAAGUCCUAAAGCUGAUAGCAAAUUAGCAAUGUAGUUGAAAACAGGACAUGCUCUUUAAAAGAAACUUUGCCUUUUACUUUCCCUACUUUCCUCACUUUCAUUAUAGUUAUUUCGGGACCCAAUUGUUAUUUUUUUUUUUAAUAUUCUCAAAAGUUUAGGAAAGCUCCCUUUGAGGAGAACUUAGCCACUUUUUGAGUUUUCACUAGACUCGAAUUUAAACCUGGAUAUAGAAGAGAACGAUCCUUAUCAAUUCAAUUAACCCUCAUUGGUGAUCUAAUUGUUAAUUUAAAUAAUAAAAAGUGUUACCAAUAAAUAAUCCAAAGUAUGUUACAUCUUUUUUGCCGCCAAUUGUAUACAAAAAGAGAAAAAGUUGACGCCAAUGAUAUCCCAUAUAUUUUCUCAUAAUAUUCUUUUGCCGCCCUAUGUGAACAAUCCACGAAAGGUAAAGUUUUUAAAAGUCAAGGGCUCAAAGACUUAGAAAUCUUUAUAUGUCUGAUUUAUUUUCUCCAACUUCAAUGUUUUCGUUUCUUCAUUAUCUAUCUGUUACCUUGUUAUGGUGGAGCUAUGGCGUCCACCACAGUUAUCAAGGUGCGAUAUUUUGGAACUUCCAAGGUUAAACUUGGGGACAAACUGAGGUAUUUCGAAGCUCGUGUUGAUAAGAAUGGUGAACUUGAUCUUAACAUGGCUGGAUUGAGGGAAAAAAUUUGCGGUCUUUUUCACCUCCCACCUGGUGCUGACAUUACUCUAACAUAUAUCGAUGAAGACAGGGAUGUAGUAACUCUCGUGGACGAUGAUGAUCUGCGAGAUGCGAUGAGGCAGCAUCUUAAGUCCUUUAGAAUUGAUGUACUGAUGAAUGAUGACAAAGAUGUUGGUAAAUAUUCAAGCUCCAAAAGAAGUAAAAGUCAAGGGAAGGAUGCUGCUAAUGUGACAAGUGAUAUGGAGAUGGUGGUUCAACCUUACCCCGAUUAUUUUGAUGAUCUUGAUCUCCUUGCUGAUUCUGGGGAGACCAACAAGGCUACUAGCACAAGUUCUGCUUCUCCUCCAAAUCAUAAUGAAGAUAUGAGCAGAAGCAAUGCUCCUCCACAUUAUAAUCACCCUUUUAUUCCAACUGUGGCAUGUCUUGAAUCUGAAGCCGUAGUAGGUGGUAUGAUGUGCCACACUGGUUUUCGCUGCAGCAUCUGUGGUUGCAAUCCAAUACUUGGAUCCCGGUUCAAGUCGAUAGUGUAAGGAAGGAACUUAUUGUGAUUGAAGAUUAUAGCCUCUGUCGAAUCUGUGUUACGAGUCGGGGUAAUGUGACUGAUUACAUUAGGAUUGACCUCCCUGUGUCUCCAAAAGGGGAUGUUUGAGCAAAUUGACCACAUUGUGCUCAUAAAAAGAGGCCUUGCUGCUUUGGCUAGUGCAGCAAUUUUGAGUCUGAUGGCCAAAGGUUCACAAGGUGUUAAGGAAGCUGAUUGGUUAGAAUAAGAUAGUUUUUUUUUUCUUCUCUCUCUCUAAUAUGAGUUGAUUUUCUUUUUCUCCGUGGAGUUGCCCUUGCAAAUUUUUGUGCAUUGUGUGGCUUUGAAAUUACAUGCUGGCUUCCAAUUAGAUGUUCUGUAACCAUUGGAAUAAACUUUUGGUCGAGGUUUGUUAUUAUAUUAUUACAGUUUUGUAAAAUACAAAAAAGAAGUGUGUUCAAAUCAAACUGUGAUGAGGAAGUGUUUUACCCUA